AGCUAAAGCAGUUAACAGGUCAUGGCACGUUUAACAAAAAGACGACAGGCGGAUACAAAAGCUAUCCAGCAUCUUUGGGCAGCCAUUGAGAUUAUACGGAACCAGAAGCAAAUUGCCAACAUUGACCGUAUUACAAAGGUCAAAACCCAGUUAGAAAAUGUGACCUCUGACCUCUUGUGACAUGUUUGGCAUUGAGAUUUCUGAGUUCUCCUGGAGUUCUUCCUGUCGCUACAGACAGACAUAAGCCCAAACUGUACAUGUCUCGAGUCCACGGUAUGCAUCCAAAAGAGACCACCCGUCAGCUGAGCUUGGCUGUGAAAGAUGGUCUUAUUGUCGAAACUCUCACUGUGGGCUGCAAAGGUUCAAAAGCUGGUAUUGAACAAGAAGGAUAUUGGUUGCCAGGAGAUGAAAUUAUGAAAUCUUAUAUGUAAAUCAACCAACCAGUUUACAGAUUUUAUUAAUUCAUGUUGGUUCUUAUUCACAUUUUUAUACUGAGUAUGCAUGUAUGAUGCCUACAGUAUGCAGCCUUUCUCCAGGACAGCAACCCCAAACAAGGACUGGGAAACAGAAAAUCAUGACUGGUAUUGUUUUGAAUGCCAUUUGCCUGGAGAGGUGUUGAUAUGUGACCUGUGUUUUCGUGUGUAUCAUUCCAAGUGUUUGUCUGAUGAGUACAGGCUUAGAGACAGCAGUAGUCACUGGCAGUGCCCAGUUUGCAGGAGCAUCAAGAAGAAAAAUACAAACAAACAAGAGAUGAGCACAUACCUGAGGUUCAUAGUCUCCCGCAUGAAGGAGAGGGCUAUAGACCUUAAUAAAAAGGGAAAGGACAGCAAACACCCGAUGUACCGGAGGCUGGUGCAUUCAGCGGUUGACGUCCCCACCAUACAAGAGAAAGUGAAUGAAGGGAAAUACCGAAGUUAUGAAGAGUUCAAAGCUGAUGCUCAGCUACUUCUCCACAAUACAGUGAUUUUCUAUGGAGCAGACAGUGAGCAAGCUGACAUUGCAAGAAUGCUGUAUAAAGAUACCUGUCAUGAGCUGGAUGAGUUACAGCUUUGCAAGAACUGCUUCUAUUUGUCCAAUGCUCGUCCUGACAAUUGGUUCUGCUAUCCUUGCAUACCUAAUCAUGAACUGGUUUGGGCUAAGAUGAAAGGUUUUGGAUUCUGGCCAGCCAAGGUCAUGCAGAAGGAGGACAAUCAGGUUGACGUCCGCUUCUUUGGUCACCACCAUCAAAGGGCUUGGAUCCCUUCUGAAAACAUACAGGACAUCACAGUCAAUGUCCAUCGGCUGCAUGUUAAACGCAGUAUGGGUUGGAAAAAGGCUUGUGAUGAGCUGGAACUGCAUCAGCGUUUCCUUCGUGAAGGAAGAUUUUGGAAGUCUAAGAAUGAGGACCGUGGGGAGGAGGAGGCAGAAUCCAGUAUCUCCUCUACCAGCAAUGAGCAACUAAAGGUCACUCAGGAACCAAGAGCAAAGAAAGGGCGACGUAAUCAAAGUGUGGAACCCAAAAAAGAAGAACCAGAGCCUGAAACUGAAGCAGUCAGUUCCAGCCAGGAAAUCCCCACAUUGCCUCAGCCAAUCGAAAAAGUUUCAGUGUCAACUCAAACCAAGAAGUUAAGUGCCUCUUCACCAAGAAUGCUGCAUAGAAGCACCCAGACCACCAGUGAUGGAGUGUGUCAAAGCAUGUGCCACGACAAAUACACCAAAAUUUUCAAUGACUUUAAAGACCGAAUGAAGUCUGAUCACAAGCGAGAAACUGAAAGAGUUGUACGAGAAGCUCUAGAAAAGCUGCGUUCUGAAAUGGAAGAAGAAAAAAGACAAGCUGUAAAUAAGGCUGUCGCCAAUAUGCAGGGUGAGAUGGACAGAAAAUGUAAACAAGUAAAGGAAAAAUGUAAAGAAGAGUUUGUAGAGGAAAUCAAGAAGCUAGCAACACAGCACAAACAACUAAUUUCUCAGACCAAGAAGAAGCAGUGGAAACUCCUGAGCGUACACAUUCUCCACAGAUCGCAGGUGAGGAAUUUGAGGCUUAUGAGCUUGAACAGUAAAAUCCUGGUUGGUAGAGCUGGAACUCACCCUUCUAAGCUGCUUCAGCUCAUGUCAUUUCAAGUAGACUGUGCUACAACUGUGAGGAGGAGGCCAUGUACCACUGCUGCUGGAACACAUCCUACUGCUCCAUCAAGUGCCAGCAGGAGCACUGGCACGCCGAGCACAAGCGCACCUGCCGCCGGAAAAGAUGAAGACGGUUCUUGCUGGAGAGUCACCGAUGAUUGCUCUUCUCAGACACAACGGUUUUUGUUUCCAAGAAGCCAAAAUUGUUUAGAAUUUGCUUCCCAUUUUGCACCAGCCUUUAAACACUUUUCGUGAAGAGAUUUUGCACAGUAGUUUAAAUCUUUUGUUAAUGUCCCUCUGGAAUUUUUCGGGGGUAAAAGUAACAUCAGUGGAGGGUAUUAUUUUAAAUAAAAUUUAAUUGAGAAUUUGUUGCAUUUACAGCAAAUUUUAAAACAUUUUUAGGUUUUACAGAGAUUUUAACCUUUAAACAACAGAUCUUUAAAAAAACAACUGGUGAACACAAGUGAGUUUAACAAACAUUUAAAAUAGAUCUGAAUGUAAGAACUAAGGACUGUUUCAGAAAUAAAACAUACUACCUGAUGUGAAAUUUAUUUCUUAACCUUGUUGAGCUGGUUUUGUUCAGCUUAAUUUACUGUUUAAAGGCAUUAUCUAUUGGUUAUGCCAGUGGGUAUAUGAUUGAAUUUAGGGAACAGGGUUGACACAGCAGGUGCUAGUCCUGCAUAUUUUUUCUUAAAUAUUUCCCAAUUGUGUUUUUCAUUUUCUUUUCAAUAUAUAACUUUUAUAACAAAUUAUUAGCUUUGAUCUUGUAGUUUAAAAUUGCAGGGAACUGGGUAAUCUUUUACUGAGCUGGAUCUUAGAGAAAAUGAAUAUUUAAAUUUUAAAGUUUGCACAUUUCAUCUUUAUUCUAACAUGAGUGCUUGUAACAAAAUAAACAACAAAAAUAAAAUAAGCCAAAAACUACCUUAAUCCAUACAUGAAAUUAUAGAUGGGGCGUACAAAUUUAUUGACUGCUUCCCUUCCCUCCCCAAAUAUCGAUUGCCUAUUAUCUGGUGUCACCUCAUAUAUUAUAAGUUAAUGCUAAAAGAAAAGAAAGCACUUAAGUUUCACAGAAGCCGUUAUGUUUGUGGUAAUGGGUCAUUGCCUACUAAUGAACCCCAUCACUGUACACAGAAUGAAGAAUAAUGCAUGUUAAUUUUCUUGUAUUAAAGAUGCUGUGGUUUGUAAAAAGUCUGUAUUUUGCGGAAUGUUUGGAUGAAGAAGCAUUACCAAUAGGAAUGGAUCGAUAGUUGAAUAAUGAUUUUUUUUAUACAUAGAUAUAUAAAAUACAGCCAGAAAAACUGAAAUUACCUUUUUUUU